CGUCAUCAUUGUGUCUGAGUAGGGAGGCUAGCUAAAGCUGCUGCACCCCAUUGGUCGCCUCCGUCAGUGUAAACAUGUAGCCGUGUCACCACUUUAACCUCACUCAUGUACAUUAACCGGUGUUUUCCUGUGUGUUAACCAGUAAGUCCGCAGUCUAAAUAACCAUGGCCGUGUCGCUGAAAACAGCAGUUUCGGAACCGGGGCAGAGCUAACACUUGACGGGCCGUGUUUGUAUCAGGGCUGGCCUUGCUAAUCAGACAGCUAGCUUCCAGUCGGCGGCGGCCACGAUACAAAUCGGGCUAAAUCUUGGUUAGCCAAACGAAGGAGGAUGGCAAGUAAUGCAAUCUAGCGAGGACACACAUCGAGAAGUGGAGAGAGAAAAUGAAGAACUCGAGAAGUGUCGGUGCCUCUUCACCCGUGAAUGGGAAGCGAGGCAACGACUGGGACAGCAGGCGGAAGAGGAAAGUUGCGGACAUCACACAGGCCCUCAGUGCGAGUCCAGUGGAUGUGGCAGCUUUGAGGAGGAUGGCUAUCAGUGAAGGAGGACUGCUGACUGAUGAGAUACGCUGUCAGGUCUGGCCUCGGCUUCUCAACGUCCCCCUUCACGUCUUGGAUCAAGAGCCAGAAACGGUGGAGCGGGAGAAUAACAAGGACUACAACCAGGUGUUGCUGGAUGUCCAGCGCUCGCUGCGGCGGUUUCCGCCUGGUAUGCCAGAUGAGCAGAGGGAAGGUCUUCAGGAAGAGCUAAUUGACAUCAUCCUCCGGGUUCUGAAACGUAAUUCCCAGCUGCACUACUACCAAGGAUACCAUGACAUUGUUGUCACCUUCUUAUUGGUCCUGGGAGAGCGCCUUGCAACUGCUCUUGUGGAAAAGCUCUCCACGCAUCAUCUCAGGGACUUCAUGGAUCCUACCAUGGACAACACAAAACACAUUCUGAACUAUUUGAUGCCCAUCAUUGAAAGGGUCAACCCUGAAGUGCAUGACUUCAUGCAACAGGCCGAGGUGGGCACAGUCUUCGCUCUCAGUUGGCUGAUCACCUGGUUUGGCCACGUCCUGUCAGACUUCCGCCAUGUUGUCCGGUUGUAUGACUUCUUCCUGGCCUGCCAUCCAUUGAUGCCCAUCUACUUUGCUGCCGUGAUCGUACUGUACAGAGAAGAGGAGGUGCUGGACUGUGAAUGUGAUAUGGCCAUGGUGCAUCACUUGCUGUCUCAGAUUCCCCAGGAUCUGCCAUAUGAAACACUCAUCAGCCGAGCAGGAGACCUCUUUGUCCAGUUCCCUCCCUCUGAACUGGCUAGAGAGGCUGCCUCACACGACAGCAUGGCGUCCUCUACCUUUAAGGACUUUGACCUUGCGUCCACUCAACAGCGACCAGACUCUGUUCUCCGUCGCCGACGCAGACAGAAACAGGCUGCACUGGAAAGCGCGGCGGCGAGCUCAGCAGUGGCCCGACCUUCAGCAGCACGGCGGUUUGUUCGACUGGCAGUCAUGGGUCUGACAGUGGCUUUAGGGGCAGCAGCUCUCGCUGUGGUCAACACUGCCCUGGAGUGGGCCCCCAAACUGGACUUGUUUCCUUGAACUGCUCCUAUUUUACCCCUAUGCCACAAAUCUGUCCUUGACCAAAUCUAACUGGUGGGUCUGUUUCCAAGAACCCUCUAAUUAUUUAAACCACAAACCGUGCAGUCUAUAACACUAUCUGGAGUGUAUAGUACUCUCUAAACUGAACCAAUUAACGCUCCUCGUUCAUCCUCCAUGAUGUUUCUAAACAUCCUAUGUAGGGUCUUUUUUUAUGACUCCUGAAGAGCCCACACCAGUGUAACAGCAGCAGCAACUGUUGAAAUGAAGAAUCCUGUUAUAAUGGAGAGACUGUAUUUCUAAGAACUAUUACUGAUGGUGUCGUCAUUAAAGUUUAUUUAUAUUUGGUAUUAGGAUAAUCUGAUAUUGAGUUACGCUUACAGAGAUUUAUGCUGAAAGCUUGUUGUACUCACUACACUUGAAACUGCUGCCAAUUAAGAGAGCUGGAUCGAAUGUAUGAGAGUGUGUGUGUGUGUGUGUGUGUGUGUAUGGUCACAACCCAUUUGUUAUCUAUUUGAUACCUGGACUGAGACCAAAUAGAGGAUUGUUAGAAUCCUCUUUGUAUAAUUUACUGUUUUUUAAUUUAUAGGUAUGCAAGCAGCUGUAUAAAGACGUGGGCAUGACACACAGACACUUUUUAGGGUCUCUAUCUUUUUAGAUUAUUUUGUCCCUUUAAGAUGUUUGAAUAGGCCUUUUUGGUCAAGAAAAAAGUAUUUUCCUUUCUGCGGCACAGUAUCUUUAGAACAGUCACCCUUGACUACACGUUUUAAUUCUGGAUCAUGGUUGGGGUCAACUAAACUUAACUGUAAGAUGUUUUAAAUCGUUUGAAAUCGUUUUAUUAGAGCUUCUCAAAUACUUCACUCACUUAAUUGUUUGGUUGCGUAACCUUAAAGAUGUGUCUGGGUGUCAUGGCCCCAAAUGACUAGGGUAGGUUUUCUGCGUCACUUUUUAUGGAGUAGAUAAUUAAAUCUCCUCCUAUAGUUCAGCAACACACUGACUCACUCAAUGCCUGGUAACAGAAAAUAUGAAAGCUGGGAUGAAUAGCAAGUAAAAUGAAGUAGAUACUAUAGUCCUUGUGUUGGGACGGGGGCAGGGGACCCAGUUUGCACUGACUGCAUUUGUUUUGCAAAAUCACUUUAUGAUUAGUUUGAUAGGCUGUUUGCGCUCUCCUACUGUAAGGGUGCUCCUAUCAGGAAAAGCACCUGAGCCUUCAAAUUAAUGCUAUCCAAUGUUUCUGUUUUAAAGAUGACAUUAGCUUUAUUUGUAACACAUGCCAUUUAGCAAGUUGGUUUGCUUUGAGUGUAGCAUUUGCAUUUCAGGGGCAGUCCAGCUCAUUCCAAUGUUCCAUUCAUUUUCAUUCAAUCACAUAGUUGGAGUAAUAGGAGAUCGUUUAAGUUACAGUUGUAUGGCACUCACCAGAAUAGCCAAAAAACUAAAAUAGUAAAUAGUUUUGUCAGAGCACUUGAUUUUAAGGCAGUGGGUCAUCUGUAAUCUUAAAGAUGUAUUUUGAAGUCUGCAGAAUUAUUGACUGAGUUCAAGGUCACCUGCAAUGUACGGCACAACAACCAGUCAACUAAAAAAAUUACAAGUUGUUUUUGCUAUAGUAGGAACAGAAUAUCUGGGCAUCCCAUUUCUAUAUUAUAGUUGACUGGUUUAUUGCCUUUGUAGAGCCACGUUUUAAGCUGGUAUCUAAUCUACAAACUCAUAAAAAUAAAGGUGACCUGGAACAUGUCCAAGGACGCUCUGAGGUGCCUGAGAGCAUAGUUGUUCAGCAGUAUUGUAAUGCACCAUGUAUCUGCUCUCAGUGGUUUUCAUUGCACUAAUUGAUUUAACUGCCUUUUAUGUUUAUUUUGUUAUAAUGAAUCUGUCAUACUAAUGUAAAGUUGUACAAGAGAAUGCUAAUAAACUAGAGUGAAACUGUUCAAUGUA